UACAUAUUCAAUUUCCACAUAGGAGCAUGCAAGCACGUAUAUAGUUACUACCUGAAAGCUGUAAACCCCUCACGAGCAGCCCUGGGACUGGCCAUCUCAGCAGGCCACGGCGCUGUCGCGCCUCCACCUCCUCUCCCCAAACGAACGUCUUUACACGUCUCCCGCCAACUUCAAUCCAAGUUUCUAUCCUACUUGCAACUCAGCCGGCCUCGACCGCUGCCAUUGCCCCGCACCGGCGGCAUCCCUGGCCCCGUCACCCACUCAGCCUUGCUGGACGCCGCUUGGUCCGCCACCUCCCUCCUUUCCCCAGCUGAAACCCUGCCUCCCGCCGCUGACUCCACCUUGGUUUCCGUCCUUACCUUAAGCUCCACCACCGUAGCCCCUUCAUCCUCCUCCUUCGCAACCACCUCCUGUGCAGCCCCCGCCACCCCAAUGCCCGCCCUCGCGCUCGUCCUGCUCGACUCCCUGCUCAAAGUAGCUGGCGGCGUAGCAGUCGGCUGGCUCUUGCGCGACCGAGCUGCCCGCAAGGACUCCUCCUCCUCCUCCUCUGAAGGCAGCACUCCCGCCAAAAAGGGCGGCGGCAAGAAGGCCGCCCGCCGCGCCGGCGCCGCCGCCGCAACUGGCUCCGGGCCCGUUCCCCGUCCCAAGGAGGAGCUGAAGAUGGUGCUGUGCGUCAACACCAGCCUGCGCAUGGGCACGGGCAAGGUGGGCGCGCAGUGCGCACAUGCGGCGGUGGGGGUGCUGUGGGCGCACUACAGCAGCCACAGCGUGGCGAUACGGCAAUGGGAGAUGUACGGACAACCCAAGAUCGCACUCAAGGUCCGCGACGAGGACGAGAUGGCGGAGCUGGAGGCGCGCGCAGUGUCUCUGGGGCUGCCCACCUACAUUGUGCACGACGCGGGGCGCACACAGAUCGCCGCGGGGUCGCAGACGGUGCUGGCCAUCGGGCCCGCGCCCAAGAGCCAGCUGGACAGCGUGACGGGGCACCUGAAGCUGCUGUGAGGAGGG